AUGCCUCCUGCGCGUCGUGUUCCCGGGAAGUCCUCUAACUCGAACUCUAGGUCACAGGGCUCUAACAGCGCCAACAGCUCAGCUUUUGGUGGAGAACCCGGGCAAGGCAACGAUGACGGUAUCGCCAACACCUCCGCGGCCGCCCCUAGCGAGCAGGUUCCCCAAGAACCUCCCCUCGGUGCUGGUUUUGGAGCCCUUCAAGCUUUCCUCCAAGACCACGAGUUGGAGGAGGCCGAUCUGUGGUUUCUUGAAGACAACGACCUUCCCGAUCUCAUACUUAGAGUUCAACUACGUCGGUACCGUACGACGAGGGUACCCCCGCCAAUCGCGAUGUUCGGUCAACCCGACGACACUGGCAAUGCCCCAGAGAAGGUAUGGCAUACCCCGCCAUCUGUGAUGCAGCAGCACUCACUGCUGGGAACUCAUUUCUCAAGCGGUACCCCGGCUCCCACUUUUGCUGGCCACGAAAAUGGACCGCCGAACGCUCCCAACCUAGCAGUAGCGGCUGAUCCCCGUUCGCACUCAUCCGAUGAUGUUGUCCCCCACGGCUACCGUUCUUCGCUCGGUGAUCAUCUUAAUGGAUCUUCGUCCCCUUCUGCCACUGGCGUCGGUUCUUUGUAUCGAGGUUUGAGCGCCCUAUCGAAGGUGCCCUUACCCGAUGGAGGAAAGUAUCGUGGUCAACAAGAUGCUCGUCCCAUAGUUUGCCUACUUUCGGAUAUCUCCUCAACUGCUGCCGAUUUCCACCUCAACGCUGCCGACACCUAUCUGUACCUAACUCAGUGUCUCGACUCGUCUGUCUACAAGCAGCUUGGCAAGCAUAUCCGCCGCAUCGGACUCUCGACGGGUGACUCGUUACAGAAACUCCAGGAAGCCGAUCGUUUCCUACGAGCCCGAUACAAGAUGACCAACAACAACGGCAAGUUUGUUGCCCGUAUCGAUGCUUUGAAGAUGGAGAAAUUGGAAACUCCCACUAGCUUUGUUGACCGACUCCGUGCACUCCUCGACGAGGGACUUGACAUCGGUAUUCAACACACUCCUUACCAGGAGAAACAGUUGUUUAUCAAAGGACUGUCACCUCAUUACCGAGAACAAGCUUGUUCGGUAUGGCCAAACAUCAGCAAUAUCAACGAGCUGGCUGAACUUCUCACCGACUGGGAUAUUCAGAGGAAGAAGUAUUCCCACUCUGUAUUGGGAAACACUCUGAAUACGACAGAACAAGCGAUGGUGUCGUCUACUGCUGAAUCUCUACCUGGGAUUGCUCAGGCUGUCCACACCGAUAACAACAAGAUGGCCACUGUAGCGAGUAGCAUACGAAAGGGUUCCUGCUAUCGGUGCAAUAAACCGGGUCAUCGUGCAGGUGUAUGUCGUUCUCAAAAUGUCUACCAAAUCAACAAAAGAUGCAGCAAGUGUGGCGACUUCAGCCAUUCGAUUGCAGAAUGUAUGCGUACCCUUCUCACUCCGUGCCCAAGGUGUCGCAAACCUGGUCAUAUGGCUGGCGUAUGUAUCGAGUCUUUAGCCACUGGUCCGGCUCUUUCUGCAACGGCGACUACCAAUGCAGAGUCAGCGGUUGAGAAACCAGCUUGUACGGAAUCAGCUCUAAUGGCGACGCAAGUUGAUGCACCUUUUGCCUACCUGAAUACCGCUGACAACUUCAACUCCGAAUGUGGUACCGUUGGAGAGCCAUUGGACGUUCCUAUUUUUCCCCCGCUGCACCGUUACUGUCGGAUUUUACCUUCUACAGAUGAUAAUCACCGAGGUGUGCUCUGUCGUGCCCAAAUCGAUAACGGAGCUGGCGCGUGUUACAUCGACUCUACUCUCCUUGACGAUCUACGACAACGUGGUGUACCGUACGUCGAACGUCCAACCAAAAAUACCUAUCGUACCGUCUUCGGAAACAACGAGGCCCAGCAUCACGAUACCGCAGUUCUGCUGAGAUUCCGUCUCUGUCCCGAGAGCGGCUCCUCUGAUGUUGACACGAGCUCUCAGAUCAUUGAGCUUCCUUUUCUGGUGGCACGGCCGUGUACCCCGCGGUUACUCUUCGGGAGACCGGCUCUACCGUUGCUCGAGAGUACGACUCCACGUAACCGAUCCCUAUUCGACGAGGUCCCCAACGGUGAUGGUACCACCAGAUUGAAGGCCAAUAUUCCUAUGCUCGAGAAUGCGUCCGUUAUGCCCCGCAGCGAGAGUUCCCGUAAUCGCAGUACCACUGACCGGUAUAUACUCGCCGAUGUCUGCGAUCGGAUGGUAGCGGAUGGGAAACUCGCAAGAAUAUCUCCUGAAGAGGAACACAAGGUCAUGUGCAUCAACGAGCCCGUUCUGGUGGAUAAACAAGAAGGCAUUCGUGUUCGCCAAUAUCCUAUACCACAAUCUGAUGUUAACCGGUAUCGUCUGACCAUCGACCUCAGGAGCGUUAACGAGCUGCAACUUCGUAAUGGAGUGUGGGUUGCACCUCGCACCGUCCACUCCAAAAAUACCGCUGCUCCUCAACGGCCUUACCAAUUCCAAGACACAGCUGCUACGCUACUCCGUGAUUUCCCCCCGUCAAGCCGUGGGUGGUUUGCUAAGAUCGACUUCUCGGAUGCUUUCAAUAGCAUAGCUAUCGACUCGGUUCUCGGUGAUAAGCUUUUUGGUAUAAGAAUCUCCGUCCCCGGCGAAAGCCAUCCCCGCAUCUAUGCCGGGCGUUGCCUUAUCCAAGGCUGGCGAUGGAGCAGUUUGAUAUUUGCGAGAGCCGUACGUUGGGUCCUUAAUAAGCUGACGAUUCCUCCGGGGUGCCACAUUUGUCAUGUCCAAGACGAUGUGAUCAUCGGAUCCCACUCUAAGGAAUUAUGCCUUACCCUGCAAAGGCGCGUCAUCGACCUCUUUAAACACUACGGUUUUAUUGUUCGUGAGGAUAAGUGUGGCGACGGACCGACUAUCACCUUCUGCGGCUUGAAGGCGGAUUCUCACACUAUACUCCCGGCUCCGAAGCAUCCGAUCGACGAGAAAGCCAUCGAUCACUGCCUGAAAGAGCUAGACGACGUCAAUCACAUCAAGGACCUUCUGAGCCUACUCCGGCGUUGGGCAGGUAUCUUCCAAUAUUGCAAACAAUGGCUCCCUCCAGAUGGUCAGCAAGCUCUCUCCCAGUUAUAUUCGAUUAUCAGUAAGGCCUCUCAAACGGAUGCUAGUCUCGACCCACUCAGCAGCGAUGCGAGGACCCCAUUGAGGUCUCUAGGUCAUCUCUACGUCCGAGGACUCCCAAGCCUCUAUCUGUUUCGACCAUGGGCAAUCGCGACCCUUCUAGUCACGGAUGCAAAUGUCGAUAAUUGGGCUGGUGUUGCUAUACAUGUCAUACAAGUACCAAUCGACUUUCUCCAAAGAGCGAAUCUGUCGGAAUUCGGAUCCAGCUUCGAUGAUCUGACCAAGCUCUGCCGACAAGAAAACAUUGUCUUGGAACGAGAUGGCUACAAGAUACUGUGCCUUCCAGCUGUUUUCGACGGUGGCUCCUUUCAUAGCAACUCCUUCCCUGGCUCCUCAUUGGCUAUGACACGGUCGUCUACUUUCCGCGAAAGGGCGGCCCAAAUCCUCUUCGCUAAUCGUAACUCGGGUAUCUUGGCCGGUCUGGUAUAUGGGGUCACGGACAACGUUAAUACUACUCGUGAAUGGCAAUCGGCCAUCACUGACUUCUGUGGAGCAUGGCACUCUGUCUACUCCAAUUACAUCUCCAACGUUGAGAAAAUCUUGUGGUUGCCAAGAACUUCUUCUACGGUGGCUCUUAUAGAUCACUUGGCUCGUGAAUGUGGCAGUCAGGUCAGCAAGGACAGUGUCACGGAGACUAAGCAUGUUGAUUUGCGAAUCGCCACCCCCGAAGACGUUGGGGAUGACGACUCUACUAGCAGCGAUACCGACUCUGAAGAUCACCCUCAAGCCUGGUCCAACGACGUUAAGGCCUACUUAGACUUAUCUACACUCCGUACAGUCUCGUCUACCGACCCCGAGGCUCUAAACCUAUGCAAGAAGCCUGGGUAUUUUUGGUCCAAUGGCACGCCAGGUUUACUCCUCCGACGUAUACGGCAUGAUCUAGGGGGGCGAGUGGUCCUGCAGGUUUUCAUCCCGAAGGAGUUUCGAGAGGCUCUGGUGAAAGAAGUUCACCUCGAGAGUAGCCAUGGUAAAUCGCCGAAUGUCGCUUCACGUCUAUCAAGCUUCUGUUGGUUCCCCGCUAUGAAGCGUUUCGCUGCACAAGUGAUCCGCCGCUGUGAUUCCUGCCAACUCGUCGACCCUGACGGUCAACAGUUACCACCGCCUGGUUCUCGUAAGGUCGAUGCCAAGAGUUGGUUCGAAGUUGGUAUAGAUUUGAUAGGACCCGUAAGGGCGUCCAGCGGAUCCGACUCAUCCUCUAUAACAGCCAGUCUUCUCACGGCAACAUGCGCCUACACAAGCUUCACGGCUGUAUUCCCUCUGGCUGGGUCUUUCAAGGCUCAAAACAUAUGCGAUGGUCUAUCGGUCAUCUUCAACCGCUUCGGCUAUCCUGUAAGACUACGAUGCGAUCGAGCCCAAGCUCAUCUCAGUAAGUAUAUGACGGAGUAUUGCCGCUUACAUGGACUACAAAUAAAAUAUUCUGCUUCGAGGGCCCCUUGGACACUCGGUUGGGUCGAGACUCGCCAUAGGGUUAUAAACUCCACGCUAGCUAGAAUGCUUGAAGGAUCGGGCCGUUCAUGGGACGACCCUGUCGUUAUCGCCAUGCUGGAGAACUGCAUCAACUCGUACGGCUUGGAUUACGAGGGCGCUGAGAACGUUAGCCCUUACGAGCUCAUGUUCGGCUUCACACCGUGCUCUGCCCUACAGGCACGGCUCCGUAUCGAGCAACUCGACUCUGACUUCGAUGAUAUCGAGACCGAUGAUCCGACCGAGUUGACAUCUAUGGCCCGCAAUAGAGCCCUCCGUCUAGACAGGCUUCAACAACGAUUUAUCUCGAUAUGGCAAGACCGUCGUGAGCGUGCCUUCGAGACUGCUUUGAACAAGAGCUCCAAGCACCGCAGUGAUCGUCCCAUCAGCAUUGGCGACAGAGUCCUAGCUUUGGGCCGUCGCGAGCAUAAAUGGAGUCGUCGUUUCCGUGGUCCUUUUAAGGUGACUCGUAUCAUUGGUAAACGUAUUGCUGUACUGGUACAUGAAAGUACUAACGUUGUGGAGGAACACCAUAUUAAAAACUUGAAGCUCUUCCGAGAAGACGACGAUAUUCCGGACGAGGGUGUCCUCGAUGUCGAUGAUGAUAGUCGUAUGGACGGAUUGGUCUCCGAUGACCCUGAGGACCUGAUUCACGAUAAGACCGUGCCCGACGAUGAUUCUCGAGUUGCUCAAGAUGGGAGCAACAAUUUUCCACCUCAGCCGAGGCCACAGAGAGCUGCUAAGGAACGUGCUUUGCAAGCUCUGCGAGCGCAUGAUUGGAAUGGUGAUGAUGACGAUACGUAA